CUCUCUCUCUCUCUCUCUCUCUCUCUCUCUCGGUUCUUUCUUCCCCCGCGGGCAUGUCAGGAGCUUGAAAGGGUCUGGGCGGCCGCUGCGGCAUCCCCCGAGGCCGCGUGACGCCCAGGCAUGUGACUCGGGCUUCCAGGGACCAUUUCUUCGCCAACCAGACCCACUCCCACGGCACGGGGCUCCUCUUUCAUUCCCUUCCUCCCUUUCUUCCUUCUGAGGAGUGACAGACACCCCCUGGCCGCCGAGGGAGACAGAGAGAGAGAGAAGGAGGAAAAGGUGGCGGUAGAGGGGAUGGAGGCACGGAGCGACGAGCCGCGGCCGAGUAAAGCGAGGAUCUGGAGCUCAGUGUGUCGCCAAACGUUGUGAGAGACGCAGGCCCGCCGCCCGCCAUCCUGCCCUGUCCUGCGUCGGGGAGGCGAAGGAACGCGGGACUUGCUGGCUCCGUCGUGUGGUCAGAGGAGCGGCCUCAGAGCGCGUGUUACCUGGCCGGCGCGCACACAGGUACAGGGGCCUUUCCCGAAGCCAUGCGCUGUUCAUGAGGAUGUUACUGUGAUUAUGAUGAUGCGUAUGAUGAUGAUGAUGAUGGUUAAGUUACGCUGUUGUUGUUGAUGAUGUUGAUGAUAGUUUGUCGGAAGCGCUAAGUUGACGGAUGGACGGAUGUUCAAAACGAAACAAAGAAAGAGAAAUCAGAGAAGCGAGCACUGGAAAGUAAUAACGAACCCAAGUCCAAUGUUUCGCUUUUAUUGUUUGAUGCGAAAGUUUUGCUACUUCCCGUGAUACAUCGAGCCCGGCAACUCUGGUUCUGUGAUGUGGAAAAUGUGUUAAAGAGACGAAACCAUAACUGGAAACUCGCUCGGGUGAUGAAAAAAGGUAAAAUAUUUCUUGCUUCAAACUGUUUGACUCUCGCUUGAUUUUUGGUGGCCAAUAGAUAAACAGCAAGGCAAGGAUACCGAGUUGUGGUGAAAAAGUAUGAAUAUUUAGAAACAGUUUUAGUCAAGACCCGAAACCAUCACCACCACCACCACCACCACCACCACCCGUAGUGCUGCUGCUGCCGCUGCUUAUUAGGAAGUCAAGAGGAAAGAGGAGAGAGCUGUCAAGAGGACUGCAGUGUGCUAAGAGUCCUUCAGCUACGGUGACGCGGAGUAAUCAAGGGAAGCGCACGUGGGAGGCGGCCUCAGACGCGAGGGAAGGGAAGGAAGGCCACUCGCUCUUUCCCAACCUGAGGAGCUGCUGCGGAAGAAGGAAGAAAGGAAGAAAGGGGAAGAAGGAAGAACGUGCUCCCCUCCCUUGCUCUCCUCUCAUUUCUAUCCUUGUCUUUCCUUUCCUAUUUGCUUUACUCCUUCUCUUCCUCUUCAUCCUUUCCUAGCUGCAAGAAGAGUAGAUUCCAAGAGAAGGCAUUUUACUCAUUGUCACUCUCUUCGUUUCCCUUUCUCUUCCUCCCCCUCCUCCCUCUGCACUUCAUUUUUCUCCUCCUCCUCCUCCUCCUCCUCCUCCUCCUCUAUCACUGCCAGCUCCUACUCCUCCUACUCCACCCCCCUCCACCUCCUCCACCACUCCCUACCUCGCUGUUUGCUUCCACUCCUCGUCCACUUCCUCCACUUCAUUCCCCCUUCAACGCGUGUCGUCUACAGGAUCGGCUCGGCUCCUUCGCCCUCUUACAUCGAUUCAGCGGGAAGGAAUGGUGGCGCGGAGAUCCGGAAUUCCAAUCAACGUGGGCACCCUCAGCAGGCACAGGAGGCAGCCGGGGCCGCUGGAAUUCGUAUAACGGGUGAGAAAGUUAUCGGUGGAGGGAGGUAAAGGAACCAACCUUCGCCGCUUGGCUGCUGUGGCCGAGUGUUUUACCGUCAAAAAGCUCUUCAUUAUAUUCAGUCACUCAGCCAACCAGUAAGGCCGCCAGCAGUCCAGCCAGACAGACAGAUUACCAGCCAGACACUCAGCCAGCCAGUCUGCCCGCCAGACCCUCACGUGCUGGCUGUAGCACCAUUUAGUGAAGCGGCGGAGUUUGCACCAACUCGGAAACAGUUUACUGGUUUUGACUAUUCAGGUGGCGGCGAGCUACGGUGAGCUAUGCACGGGGCGGGGCGGGAAGCGCCAUGAAAUAGUGGUGGGGGAGCGGUGCCACGAUGGUGCUGGCGGGGUGCUGAGGCAGAGGCGACCCACAACGCUCAGCAUGAAGCCUUGGAGUCACCACUGUGCUCUCGGCACUUUCGCCAGGCUACGGGCGGCCGUCAUCUGGGCGUGGGUGUGGUCGUUCGUGUGGGCGUGGGCGGUGUGCGGCGCGACGGGCACGUGUCCCAAGGUGUGCGAGUGUAAGUGGCGGGAUGGCAAGGAGACGGUGUCGUGUCCUGACGCUGAGUUCAUAGACAUCCCGCGCGGCCUUGGCUCCACAACGCAGGUGCUUAAUCUGCAGCACAACAACCUGCAGAUCCUACCGCGCGACGCCUUCAUCGACGCGGGUCUGGUGAACCUGCAGAAGGUGAGGCUCAACUUCUGCAACCUGAAGCACCUGGACCACGGCGCCUUCAACAUGCUGGCCAACCUGGUGGAGCUGGACCUGAGCCACAACAUGCUGCGUGCCGUGCCCUCGGAGGCCCUCGCCGACGUGCCUGGCCUGCGGGAGCUUCGCCUCGCCCACAACUACAUCACCUCACUGCCCGAGGAGGCCUUCACCCCCACGCCUGACCUGGUGCACCUGGUCAUCUCCCAGAACCAAAUCGAUGUCGUGAACGAGCGAGCCUUCCGCGGCCUGACCCGCCUCGAGGUGCUGAAGCUCUCCGACAACCGCCUGGCAGCGCUGGACGCAGCCAUCGUACACCCCCUCGUCGCCAUCCACGAGCUGCACCUCGACGCGAACCCCUGGCACUGCGACUGUCGCCUCAGGCCACUCAGGCGAUGGAUGAUCGAGCGCAACGUUGCUUUCCUAGAGCCGCCGACCUGCGUGCAACCAGACCGCCUCAAAGGCAGGUCGUGGCAGGCACUGACUUUGGACGAGUUUGUGUGUGUGCCGCAACUAACGGCCGUGGCCCCACGCGUCCUGGCUGCGCAUGGCGAAAACGUGUCCCUGUCAUGUCGCAUCGAGAAUGAUAUCGAUGCCACGGUGUCCUGGUUCCUCGGAGAUCGGGCGAUACGUAACGGCAGCGAGCGUUACCGUGUGCUGGAGUCCAUGUCGGCGAACCAGGAGACACGACUGUCCAACCUGACAUUGAAAGGGGCGGGGCCUCGGGACCAGGGCACGUACCGCUGCGUAGCGCUCAAUAAGGCGGGCAGAUCAGAGGCCAACCUCACGCUGCAGGUGUCCAACGAGGUGGCGGAGGUGCGGCUGGUGACCAUGGAUCGCGUCUUUGUGACCGGCGGGCUGCUCACAGCCAUGGCCAUGAUCCUGGUUGUGUUGCUGCUCCUCACCGCCAUCCUCUUGCGGCGGCGGCAGCAGGCCAGGCUGCGGCGCGGAGUGGAGACUGAUCAUAAGACAGAAACACCUCAGAUGUCGCAGGACCGCGGCAGCACUUCCAGCGACUCCCAUCCAAAGCUGGCCGACUACCACAUCGUGCCCACCAACGACCUUGACGAGUCGUCGCCGCUGCCCACACACUCAGACAAGUCGUGGAUGUUGCGUGACGCCUCAGUCGACGACUUCCCUUCCACGAAGGAGGUGGAAAAGUCAAGUUCCUACGCUGAAUCUGAGCAGCGAAAGAUGUCGAAGCCUCGGCCUGGCGGCAGCGGCAAGUCGAGCUCGCCGAGCACAGUGUCGUACGUGGAGAUCCCCAAGUCCGAGCUGGCGGUGACGGGGCUGCCCACGCCCGACGAGCGGCUGCGGUGGAGAGAACACGCAGCCGAGGGCAAGGAAGGUCGCCUGCUGCAGAUGGGGGCGCAGCGGGGCUCCACGCUCUCCAUGGCCAGCGGCAGCCACUACCCUGACCUGCUGGACCUGCCCUACACACAGCAGCAGAAACAGCAGCUGCAGCAACAGCCGAGACCACCGAUGCAGCUGCUGAACCCCGCCUACUGCACGCUGCCUCGCGUGUCCAGCUCCAGCGGUCUGCUCGGGGCCACGGCCAGCCCUGGGAUGGAUAGUCUCUUCCAGGAAAUCUCUUUCUCGCUACCUUCCUCCAUACGAUACAGGUGCGCCAGCUGGGUGGACCUAGGGGAGAGCGACACGGCCUCCACCUCCCUCCCCUCCUAUGCCCGCUCCCCGCCCGUCCACCCGCAGCUCUCCCUCACCGACGAUGGCUCUCCCCCGCCCGCCCUCAAGGCUCACCGCGACACCCUCAAGGAACUCAUCAAUGCACACAGGGCGGAGCGAGCGGUGGCUGAGGCUGACAAGGGCGCAGUGGGGGGCUCCUCUGAUCCCUGCAACCUUGAAUACCACGCCGCGCAGCUCGAGAAGUUCCUGCUGGAGUAUAGGAAACUUCAGGACCAGCUGUACAGAAUGAAGGUGUCGUAUGAAGCCAGCCACAGCGACAGGAGUGAAGGAAGUGGCGAAGAGACAGCCCUGACGGAGUACAACGGUGAUGAUGAGAGGGACAACGUUCCACCACCUUGCCCGGAGACUCCAACCUCCAGCCUGCCGCGCUACACCCCGGCAGUAGCGGGAGCAUCCGGCAAACUCCCUGAUGACCCAAUGGAGGAGCGAUCUUUGCCCUCCUUGCCGUCAGCAGAGCCUCUUCGGUCUAUUCUGAAGCGGAGAUACGAGGAGGGUGGUCGCGGGCUCCCUGGACUGCAAGGCUUGUUAGGAUUACAUGGGCUUCAAGGUCUCCAGGCACUCAAAGGCCUCCAAGAGAUGAAGGGCCUCCAGGGGCUGUCGAACCACCAAGGGUCUUCGUCUUCGUCUUACUCCAAAAGUGCCUCCUCCUUCGACGACCCUCCCCAGCCGCUCCGUCCCUCCCUCGCCCUGCCCCGCCUCCAGCCGCGCCCCGACCCGGAGUCCUGAGGCAAGGAGGGUACCCGUGAAGGAGAGCCGAGGGAGGGAGAAGAGCCAAGGAUGGAGAGGAUAGUGGAGGGAGCGGAGGAAACAAGCAAGGAAGAGAACAAUAAAUAGCAUAAAGACGAUGAAUGGAGGGAGAAGGGAAAAGGCAAGUAAAGUGGAGGAAGAAG